GUCUUACUUUACUUCCUCUGCCUUGUCAGUUUGACUGUGAAUCACUUGGAUUCUCCUCACCGAAAAGCAUAUGAAGUGCAGGAGGAGGACAACGUUACAUCAAUAUCAAGCGUCUGGACCCUCUAACCAGGAUAAACAGAGCUCAAGAGCACCGUCUCCUGGCAGGAAACAUCUAGGGAUUCUAGUGGAUUACAUUGUAUCAACUUCAUGUAAUCCCUCCCUUUAUUUAAGGAGCUCAGACAUUUUUUGUGUAUCUUUUUUGUACUUCUUCACAGCUCUAACUAUGAAAAGCAUGUCAACAAAAAUGACUUUAUAGCCACUGACUACAACAGAGGAAAAGCAACAAAGCAUGGAGGCUGCAAGAUCUGCUCAUGCAGGGACUCCCCCCGCUAUACCCCUAUUCCCCACCUCCCCUACUUCCUCCUCUCCAGGCUACUUGCAGUUCUUCUGGGAGUACCAGGACAAUUCUGUCCUUGUGGAGCAUUACAACUACACCGGUAAGCUGCAGAAAGAUCGCUACCGCGAAGGACUCAAACCUGAGGGCAUUGCGUUCCUGGUGGUGUGUCUCCUCAUUGUCCUGGAGAACGCUGUGGUUCUUAUCGCUAUUUGGAGAAACAAGAAGUUCCACCUGCCCAUGUAUUACUUGCUGGGAAACCUGACCCUAUCUGAUCUUCUGGCUGGGAUUACAUAUAUGGCCAACAUCAUCAUGUCCGGAGCUAAUACUUUAAAACUGACGCCGUUGCUAUGGUUCCUCAGGGAGGGAGGGGUCUUCAUCACUCUCGCUGCCUCUAUUAUUAGUCUGCUUGCCAUUGCAAUUGAACGCCAUGUUACCAUGGUGACUAUGAGGCCAUACCAUGGGGCAAAGCGGGGACGGAUGUUGGCAUUGAUUGGUGCAAGUUGGGCCCUGGCAGGGUUUUUGGGGGUCCUCCCAAUUUUGGGGUGGAAUUGCAUCAAGAGACUGGACCUGUGCUCAACAGUUCUCCCGCUUUAUGCCAAGAGCUACAUCCUCUGCUGCGUGUCUGUGUUUAGUGCUGUGCUCCUGGCCAUUGUGGUCCUUUACGCCAGAGUUUUUCGCAUUGUCCGCACCAACACACAGCGGCAGCGGCUGGGCCUGUCAGGUAGCAUGAGGAAAGGCUUAGCUAGGAAGUCGCAGAAGUACAUUGCCCUCCUCAAGACAGUCACCAUUGUGCUAGGCGUCUUCAUUGUCUGUUGGCUACCCCUCUUUGUCCUCCUCCUCCUGGAUUUUUUCUGCCCCACUCGCAGUUGUCGCCUGCUCUACAAGGCUGAUUAUUUCCUGGGAGUAGCUAUGGUCAACUCGCUCCUCAACCCCAUCAUUUAUACUCUGACCAGUAAGGACAUGAGGAGAGCUAUUCUGAGGCUGCUCUGUCGGCCGUGUCUGAUGACCAGAGAUGGCCAGGUGAAGAAGAUUGGGAUGCCAUUCCUGGAGUGCAGUUUCAGUAAAACUGAGGUGGCAUCCCAGAAGUUAGAGGGGGGACCGGAGACGACCAUUUCCUCUGGGAACAUUAUCACCACCCCAUCACCUAUUAAGGCCCUUUACCCCAAACUCUUCAAGACAUAAGGACUUAGACUGACUAAAAGAGUCCAUAAGUGUUUGAUUGGGCUUCGCACUAAACAGAGGACAUCUCCUCCAGAAAAAAAGUUCUGGUUACUCCAAUUUGGAGCAUAGCCAGGAACAAAGGACGUAUGAAAUAUUGAAGGCGUAAGAGAAUCACAUUUAGAUAAAUUACCAUGAUAAUUUAGAAGUAAUGCUGAACUUCAUUGUGAGAUUAUUACAAAACAAAAUGCUAUGAGGAUGCCACUCAAAUGUGAACAAGCAAACAUACUUUUUACGAGUAGACGCAACAAAUGAGUCUCCUUAACUAAUUUGCACUGAAAAAUCCUUCUGAAAACCCAAAGACUCAUGACUGAAAAAAUUUAAAUGUAACAUUUUCUGGGUUAAUGGUGUGGUUGGCUUUACCCUUUUUUGCAGUUUCUAAUUGAAGGGCCUUGAAUACAGCACUAACAGGUCUUAUACAUGUGUAGGGUAAUCUGUGGAUCUGCAGACAGUUGCGUUUUGCUGAUUCAAAGGCCCAAUGUGUGCUAGAUUUGUUAAGAUAUAAUCAUGCGGAGCACCCCUACACAUAUCUGUGUACGUGAUGCAGGGAGAGUUAGAUGAAAACUGAAAAAAACAUAAAAGACAGCGUGAAGAAGACUGUGGCAUAGUUGUGGGAGGUAGGCGCAGCAUUAAAAUCCCCCUGCUGUUUUGAAAUGACAGAUGGUUAACUUAUCUAGUACCAAGUGGAAAGUUGUUGGGGUUUGGUGUCCGAUUUCUUUUAAAUGUCAGUCUGGCAUCUGCAGGAAAACUGCAACAGCAACAUAAACAACAAAAUGUCAUCAAAUAAUGUGAACAAAAAAGUCUUUCCUUCCACCAUGACAUGUUGAUAGUUUAACUGAAACCAAAUCAGCUGCAAUUGCAUCACUUGUAAUUAUAAGCCAAAUAAAUUAUUAUUAUUUUACCUUGCAAAUAAAGUUAUAUAUCAAUUAUCAUCAUCAAGCUGCAGGACAUUUGAAGACAAGAAUGUGCCUGCACUUGUAAACUAAGCUCAUGCGGAAUCAGUGCAAUUAAUCCAAUAACCAAUACCUUCGCUAUCCAUCUCGUUAGCAGAAUAUGUCCAGUUAUAGUUUAAGGUAGGGGUCUUCAACGUUUUUAAAACCAAGGACCUCUUAAGUGAAAGAGAGAAGUAUCAGGGACAACCUAUUACAGUACAUAUAUUGCAUUAAGUUGCAUAUUAAACUGGGCCUACAAUAACGUUUUGGCAGCCUAAAGCCUUUAUACUUACCUUUUUAGUGCAUAGUAUGCUAAGCUAUUGAAAUAGUUUUUGGUAUGAUUUUAUAAAUCGUGUUUUUAUGCUGCACAAUAGGAUGCAAGCCUAUCAUCAAUGUGUGUGGUUUUUUUUUUUACAAAUAGGCUGAUUUACAUUUGUUAAUAAUUUGUUGGAUUCAUGUUAAGAAAUGUUAAUUUUUGAAAAAAACAUUCAAAAGUUGCAAUGAUACGAGUUAGACAGUGUGUGGGGGUUUCUUUGCAACUUUUGACUUACUUAUCACCCUCCGACACACCUGUCUCACAUUAUAAAUGUACAAAGUAUGUUUCUAUAAUGAAAAACUGUUUUUAACAAUAUUUUGUGGCCCCCCUGCAGUAACUCUGAUGACCCCUAGGGGCCCCAGACCCCCUGUUAAAGAUCUCUGGUUUAAGGUAUUGAAUUUUUCUUAUUAGGAAAUGACAUCUAUCUUUUUAUAAAGAUGAUUUUUUUGGUGCGGUCUUUCCACACCUUAAUUCGUGAAUGAGGAUUAGGUAGGUUGGUUUUUUUGUACUGUAAUUCAUGUAGUGAACUUUUUGUAUUACUGAAGACUUUUCAUAUCAUCUCUAUUGUAAAUUAUAUCUAUUUUGUUACAAGAAAAGGCAACUUUACCUUUCUUUUCAUAAAAGAAAUAAAAUGUUUUCUUAAA